AUGCUGACACGCUUUUUAUCAAAAUUGGAAAGUUUGCAAGUACGAGGUGCAGGUGCAUCUGCAACAGUUGAUGUAUCAAACGCUUCUACUGAAAACUACAUUGAAUGGCAAGACUUAGAAAAUGUAUUUAGAAACAGAAUGAAGACCAGCGUUAUAAUUAAUUUAAAACACAAAGAUGUGAAAGACUUUCUUUCUGAUGCUAAGAAAAUGUUUAUUAGUCAGAUAGCUCAUAUUUUACAAGAUAAAAAUGCACUCAAAGUCAAUACUGUAUUAGCUUUGAACUAUGAAAUUGAAAAACCAUCUGAUAAUAGUGUGGAAGUUGAAACAAAAUAUUUCAGUGAAGGCAGUUUUGAGGUUUUACAAUCAUCAGAUUUAAAUCAAUUAUUCAAGGAAAAUUUUGAACAUUUUCUAGAUGAUGUUGAGGAAGCUGAAUUAAAAGGAUCUGGUCGGAAACUGCUUGAAAUUCUUCAUCUUGAAAUCCAAGUCAAUGAUUACAUACCACUGCAAGGUGGUAAUUCAUCUUUCGUUGAAAUGCCAUCAUGGAUACUGAAAACUCACUCAGUUGUAAACAUUGAUAACUUUGAUAUAUCCACAUUGAAUUCAAUUGCUGAUAAUCCAAAAUGCGGAUACAUUCUUGAAGUUGAUUUAGAUUAUCCUGCAAGUUUGCAUCAUCAUCAUAAAGAUUUCCCGUUAGCACCAGUACGCGAAAAACCACCUCUAGAAACCAGUAAAACUCCAAAACUACUAGCAACUCUAGACAAUAAAAAAAAUUAUGUUAUCCAUUAUAGGAACUUGAAACAAUAUUGUUCUUUGGGAAUGAUUAUUACUAAAGUUCAUCGUGUUUUAAAAUUUGAACAAAGUGCAUGGCUUCAACCAUAUAUUGAUCUUAACACAGAGUUACGAAAACAAGCUCGUAAUGCAUUUGAAAAAGAUCUUAGAAAAUUAUUCAUUAAUGCAAUUUAUGGUAAAACUCUUGAGUCUGUAAGAACUCGUAAAUCGAUAAAACUUGUACAAAAAUAUGGUGGUAGAGGUGGAGCAAGAUUUUAUAUCUCAAAGCCAAACUUCCAUAGUCAUUUAAUUAUUGAUGAUCUUGUUAUAAUUGAGAUGAAACCAACAAGUAUACUUUUUGAUAAACCAAUUUAUCUCGGAUUUUCUAUUUUGGAAAUGUCAAAAACAUAUAUGUAUGAUUUUCAUUAUAAUUUUAUAAAACCAGAAUAUGGAGAUAAAGUCAAAUAUUUAUAUGGUGAUACUGAUUCUGCUGUUUACCACAUAUUUAGUCAUAAUCCUUAUGAUUUGAUACGUAAUAAUCCUGAUGAAUUUGAUACAUCUGAUUAUCCAGAAAAUAAUCAAUAUGGAAUUCCUUUAAAAAAUAAAGAAGUUAUUGGUAUUAUGAAAGAUGAGAAUAACGGAAAAAUAAUGAAAGAAUUUAUUGGUUUACGAAGUAAAUUAUACUCAUAUGUUAUAGCGAAUGAAAAUAAUUCAUUAAAAAAUCGUGUUCAUAUGAGAGCAAAGGGUGUACAAAGAUCAACUGUAAGAUCUCAUAAACAUGAAGUAACAACAAGAACAACUGAAAAAAUUGCUCUCAGUUGGCAAGAUGAUAAACGACAGCUAAUUGAUGGUGAGACUGACACUUUGCCAUGGGGUUAUAUACCCGUUGAACGAAUGUGUUUGAGUAAAAUUUAUUGA